CUGCAGUGGCCGGCAAAGAAUCAUUCGUUCUCCGACCAUCAUGAAAGUGCUCGUAGUCUUCGCCCUGGCUCUGGCCACCGCCUCCGCCGGUCUGCUGCCCCAGCAGGUGCCGAUCCACCCCCGUGAUCUGCCCGCCGUGACCAAGAUCGAGGGUCGCAUCACCAACGGCAAGACCGCCACUGCUGGCCAGUUCCCCUACCAGGUGGGACUCAGCUUCGCCAGCUCCAGCGGCAGCUGGUGGUGCGGUGGUUCCCUCAUCGACAACACCUGGGUUCUCACUGCUGCUCACUGCACUUCUGGUGCCUCCGCUGUGACCCUCUACUACGGAGCCACCGUGCGUACUAAUGCCCAGCUGGUCCAGACUGUUGCCGCAGCUAACUUCGUUCAGCACGCCAGCUACAACUCGGUUGUGUUGAGGAACGACAUUUCCCUGAUCAAAACCCCAACGAUUUCCUUCACCUCCUCCAUUAACAAGGUUGCGCUGCCCGCCAUCGCCGGUACCUACUCCACUUACGCUGGACAGCAGGCUAUUGCCUCCGGAUGGGGCAAGACCUCCGAUUCCGCCACCAGCGUCGCUAACACUCUGCAGUACGAAGUCUUCGAGGUUGUGUCCGUCUCUGUGUGCCAGAGCACUUAUGGCUCUCUGGUCGCCACGAACAACGUGAUCUGCGUUGCCACCCCCAACAAGGUGUCCACCUGCAACGGCGACUCCGGCGGCCCACUGGUCCUGGCCAACGAGAAAUACCUCAUCGGUGUCACCUCCUUCGUGUCCAGCGCUGGUUGUGAGUCCGGUGCCCCUGCUGGCUUCACCCGUGUGACCAGCUACUUGGACUGGAUCAAGGAAAACACCGGCCUCUCCUACUAAGCACAGCAUGAAUAAAAACGAUUAAUGACUAAAA